GUAAUUUUGUUAAAGUUAAAGGUUAAAAUGGGUAUAAGAAAGGAAUGGGAAGGGUGAAAUUGGAAAAAAUUGAAAGAAGAUUGCAUGAGAAAUUGAACCGGUGGUUUUUCUGGUUCCACCGGUUCUACCGAUUUUUACCAGUUUUAUCGGUUUUAAUCGGUUUUUAUUGAUUUUAUCGAUUUUUGACCGGUUUUGACCGGUUUUGACCUCAAACGGUUUUUUUAUGUGAACCGAACCAUUUUCAUGACCGGGUACCGGUCCGACCGGUUCAACCGGCCGGUCCGGUCCGGUUUUAAAAACCUUGCACCAGCAAUAUGGUGCAACUAAACCUUCAAAUCUGAA